AUGGAACUGCCUGUGCUCUUCCCGAAGGCGAUCGAUCAUUUCAUGUUUGGUGUGAAAUUCAUCCGAAGAUGGCCCUCCAGCAGAUUUCGCUGCCUUUGUGGAUUGGAUACUGGCGAGAAACGAAUCCCCGUUCACCGUCUGUUCCGAGGCAGUUCCACUCUGGACCCAGAGCCCAACCAACCAUCACCUUGCUGUGCGGAGCUCAAGCCCACGCCCACCAUUGAUGGAGAGCCCGAAACCGCCGCGACAGACAAGCCUUUGCUGCAUGGCGUGAAGGAGCUGAGGAUCGCCGCGGAGCCGAAGCUUUUCAUUACGUCAGUCCAGGUGCGAGAGCCGGCUCCCACACCCGCCAUGAGGGAGAAAGCUGUGGCCAGUGAGACCAUGGCUGAGGAUGAGCUAUUAGGGGAUCUGGGUAAAUGGAAAGCGGAGGGAGACCUUAUAGACUGGUAUGCCGACCUGCCCCCUCUCCUCCCUCUGUCAUCCCAGAGAGUGCUCCCCGUUCCUGAAAUUAGCCCUGAGAGGGCUCCUGUUUCCACGUCCGGCUCAGAAAGAGACUCUGUUCCCGAGUUCAGCCCUGUUGUUCCCCUCCCAGUGAACCUGACCUGCCGAGCGUUCUUCGGCUACAGCGGGGACGCGAGUCCUCUCAUCUACUGGAUGAAGGGAGAGAAGUUCAUUGAGGAUCUGGACGAAAGCCGAAUUGGAGAAAGUGACAUUAAAAUUACUCGGGAGCACUUAGGAGAGCAGGAGGUGUCCAUCUCGCUUACCAUAGAUGCCGUGGAGGACAGUGACCUGGGAAACUACUCCUGUUAUGUGGAGAAUGGCCAUGGCAGAAGACAAGCCAACAUCCAGCUCAGCAAGAGGGAACUCAUGUAUACGGUGGAGCUGGCUGGAGGUUUGGGAGCCAUUCUGCUGAUGUUGAUAUUUUUGGUGUCCCUGUAUAAGUGUUACAGAAUUGAACUCAUGCUCUUCUACAGAAAUCACUUUGGCAGUGAGGAUGUGGAUGGAGAAAAUAAAGACUACGAUGCAUACGUGUCCUACACUAAAGUGGAUCCAGACCAGUGGAGUCAAGAAACUAGACAGGAGGAACGUUUUGCAUUGGAGAUUCUGCCAGACGUUCUGGAAAAGCAUUAUGGGUAUAAACUCUUCAUUCCUGACAGGGACUUGAUCCCAACUGGAAGUUUCAGCAAUGAUCAUUUCCAGGAUGACACAAGACUCCUUAGAGCCUACAUCGAGGAUGUGGCUCGUUGCGUCGACCAGAGCAAACGUCUAAUCAUCGUCAUGACGCCCAACUACGUGGUGAGGCGCGGCUGGAGCAUCUUCGAGCUGGAGACACGGCUGCGCAACAUGCUGGUCACCGGCGAGAUCAAAGUCAUCCUCAUCGAAUGCGCUGAGCUGCGGGGAAUUAUGAACUACCAGGAAGUGGAGGCUCUCAAACAGACCAUCAAACUGCUGACGGUCAUCAAGUGGCCGGGACCCGAGAGCAGCAAGCUCAACUCCAAGUUCUGGAAGCAGCUGCAGUAUGAAAUGCCCUUUAAGCGGCCUGAGCCCAAGCUGUCGCAUGAGCAGGUGCUGGAUGUCAGCGAGCAGGGCCCGUUCGGAGAGCUGCAGACCGUCUCUGCCAUCUCCAUGGCUGCAGCCACCUCCACCGUCAUGGCCACCACGCAUCCCGAGCUGCGCUCCACGUUCCACAACACGUACCACACGCAGCUGCGGCAGAAGCACUACUACAGGAGCUACGAGUAUGACAUUCCCUCUUCCGGGACCCUCCCGCCGCUGUCCUCGCUGGGCAACCAGCACACCUACUGCAACAUCCCCAUGACUCUGCUGAAUGGCCAACGAGCACAGGGGAAGCCAGGCCGCGAGCAGCAGCAGUCCCUGGAGGAGCAGCACAUCAACAACACCAUGUUGCCGCUGCUGCCCCGGGAGACCAGCAUUUCCAGCGUGAUCUGGUGAUGGCGUUGGGAAUGGACGUUUCUGUGAAUGGCACUUAUUAAGACCCUUAAAAACUGCUGCUGUUGACUUUGCACCGUGAUUCACAGGGGUUUGAAACUGAAGGCAUGUGAUGAAGACAGGUCGACGGGGAGGUUCAUUCUCUCACAAACAGCUCAUUCAUACUCAAGGAAUACAGGGUCUUGUACAUAUAUUUGCAGUUUCUUUGUAGCAUUGGAAUUUUUUCAGUUUUGAUCUUCUGUUUCCUUUUUCAAAUGUCUGAUUUGUCCUUUUCCCCUUAUGAAAUGAGCAGAGACACGUGA